AUGAAGAGUCAUCCUGAUCAUUCCACUAGUACCACCAUCACCACCAUCACCACCACUAGUACCAAUUAUAAAUGUCUAGAGAUUACCUUUCGGGAUCACCAAGCCUUGAAGUGUGUAUCCAAUUUCGAACAAUGGUUGUUCAUGAGCCUCAUCACAGCCAAGAAGAAACACCUCCUCACCCUUCACCUCUUCCUUCUCCUUCUAUCAUUCCUGUUUCUCUUCAUCAUCAUCAUCCAUGUAGUUCAAGCUCAAGUCCCUUCUCCUCUUCCUUCACGUGGAUUAGCCUAUUGCGCAGUGGCAAAUACUUCCAUCCUUCCACUCACUUCAAGCCUUUUAAAGGAACAACAACAAAGAGAUGGAAUUUUGUGUCCUUUCGGAUUCAUCAAACAAACACAAGUGAUGGCAACCACCAUAUCUUUUCAAUGCGUGAGUGUCCUUCAGUUAUUGAAUGAAAUUGUGGAUCAAAAAGAUUGUUUCAUUCCCGAUGGUGAAACAGAGGCCAAUCUUUCGCCCAUUCUCGAUCCUCAGAAUUGUCUGUUUGACUUUUUACAUUGCUCGCCCCGUACUCGAAAGUGUACCUUUACGAAUACGAGAGCACAGGGAGAUGUGUGUGUCGAUCGAUUGAAUUGUAUUGGAUCGAGUGGUACAAACACAAAUAUUCAACGAGCAUUGGCUGUCAAUUGUCAUGAAGGAAGAUGCACCUCGUUGCAAAAUUCUCCCUCAUUGCCCAUUGGUUCUUCAUGUUGGAGCGCUUCUUCUUUGAGUAGUAGUGAGUAUGCUCCUUUUUUGAACUAUCAGAACAAUACGUUAUUGACCUGUGUGGAAAAUUCAAUUUGUACGUCGAAUGGUAAUCAAUUACCACGUUCCUAUUGCAUUCAACUUCAAUCGAAAAGAGCUUCAACAUUUGAAUCAUGUGGUGCUGUGAGCAAAGAUCGAAUUCAAGACAUGAGUUAUAAAUUGUGUAAGGAGGGAUUGACCUGUCAAUCACAAUACAUGAAACCUAACACUUGUGCCGAAUUUAUUAAGGCAAGUGACUUUGAGGACCUGUAUCGAUUUCCAUUCAAUUAUCAUUUGUCCAUACCCACGUUGGUUUGUCCAGAUGGUUAUAAAGACAGCUCAACAUUUAUGGGAGAUCGAAUUAUUUGUCAAAAGAAUGGAACUGAUAUUUGUUUGACAAAUGCUCCUUGUGGUGGCUAUGAUCUCUUCAAUAUCAAAUCAAGUUAUAGCUUUAAAAGUGGACGACCGAGACCACUUUCCAAACAAUUUGACAGACUCACCAAGUGUGACACCUCGACCCAGAAAUGUGUGAGAGUAUUUGGAAAAGAGAAUGGAAUGAACUGUUCAGACCAUUCGGAAUGUCGUUCGUCCUAUUGUUUCAACAAUACCUAUUGCACAAAUAUACCAAAAGAAAUUCCUUGCGGACCAAGCGUAGCAAAUCCAACUCUUUAUGAUUGCCCCGGCUAUUCACAUUGUAUUUGUACAAAUUCAACACGAGGCAUUUGUGCAAAUUUAUGUUUUGCUGAAUUGGCAGAUUUUCAUACGUGUGCUUAUAACGUUGGGGUAUUUGGAGAGACUAGCCCAGUAUCAGUCAUGGAAAACACACUAUUUCCAUUCGUUGACAAUGCAUCAUCCGUAUUUUCUCUUGAGAAUGGGACUUGUAAAGAUUAUAUGGUGAAAUAUUUUGAAUGCAUGCAAUCGGUUCAGCAAGGUCUGCAAUUGGAAAUUCUACCAAUCGUUGUCGUUAGCCAAAAUGGUGAUACUGAGAAAACUGCUUCUACAACACCACAACCAGAUGAUGCAUACUUCUUUCGCGUACAACAAGUGCCAUCAUCCCUCGAACAACCACUUUUUAUUGUGAAUAUUAAUGAAUCGUACCAGACAGCUAUCUCACGCUUAGAACCGAAUACGAUUCAAUUGACCACUAUUGACAUGUUCUUGAACCUCUCUCAAACACUCAUGCAAGUGUCACCUCUGUACACAAACGUUAGAACUUCAGAUUAUGUGAUCAUUUCGACAACAGAGAGAAUGGUUGGAUUAAUGCCCAGGUAUAAAUUCAAAACUGUAGAUUUUAAGAAUAUUCAUGCAUGUGCAUGUUGCACGGAAGCAGUCACGAAAUAUUUGGAGGCCUCUCUUGAUGGAGGUAUUUUAUUGAGAUCGAAUCGUGUGAAUGUAGCUUCUGCGAUUUAUAUCAACAAUGUGGAUUUAAGUAUUACCAUUACAGGACUCGAACCAAUCAUGGGACAUAACUCAUUCCUGAACCGCAAUUGGUACGAGAGAUGUGACAUCAUUCUUGUUCCUCCGCAAGAUAUUGAUGCUGUCACACUCUCUAUCAAGAAUAACAUGCUACUACUGGACAACAAUGGAACUUCAAUCAUCAAAGAAUUGGAAUCAGCAUCCAUGAAUGAUUUAUUUGUGAUCUUUAUUUCAAAUUUACCUUCCAAAGUGUUGGCCAUACCUAGAGAUGUGAGAGAUGCAGCCAUGACCAAUCAACCAUUAUUUAUCAAAAUUUCUGAACUAGUUCGAGAAGCAAUUUCACAAAAGUAUAAUCAAGCCAUGCAACUAUACAACAGCUCUCAAGCGAACGGUACAGGCACAAAUUCAACUCGUGUCGAUUGCUCUCUAUUCAAUUCGACAUUGGAUGUUAGGGCGUAUCAUCGAAUCAUCUUCUCCUUUCCCCUGACAUUUGAUCUGUUUUACCCUCUGCCAUUAUCUUCAUCAUCAUUUAUUAUUGAAUUUGAUCAAUGGUUUUCAAUGAAUGAGCUCAAAAAAUAUGGAAAUUCAUUGGAAGAACAAGCAAUGAAACUAUUGGACAUUUUAGUCGAUCCAAUGUGCUACAGUAAUUACAAUUCAUACUUGGGGGUUUUUCACUAUAAAGAUACCUCUAAAUAUUGGGAUUUAAUUUUAAAGGAUUCCAUGUUGUGGGUGGUAAUGGCAAGCAGUUUGUCGUUUUAUGCAUGGUUGUUUUCCAGUUAUAGAAAUAGUGUUUCGUUGAAGCGAAGAUUGUUUACUCCCUUUAUUGGACCAUUUUGCAUGAUGAUUAUUUGCUUGAUGUACAUUGAGCCUAUCUUGAUGUCUCUAUUCAAAACUAUUGGUAGGAACAUUAUUCCUCUCAUUCCAAUUCCUGACCUAUUCAUGUCACUUCUAACAGCAUCCUAUAUUGUUGUGUUAAUAAGAUUUUAUUUUUUGAGAAAUUUAUAUCAAAUUCGAAAAGGUCUAGAAAUAUUGAAAGGCAACAAGAUGAACAAUAUGAGGAUAUAUAGAAUGAUUGCAAAGCCAUACGUGGCUCUAGUAUUGAUGAUAUUUGUGGCCAUACUAUUGUUUGGGAUAUGGUUUGGAGUUUUUUAUGGAAUCAUGGAAAGUAUCAUUAUUGAACGAUUUCGAAGAUUUGAAUGGACCCUCCAAUUUGAUGCCUCAUUGUUAGCUUUGACCACUCAAUUUGGUUUUUUGAGCUUGGUCUCCAUUAUUUGCCUAACAUUGGAUGCUUUAUUUAAUUUGAAAAAAAUUAGAAAACACGGUAUUGGAUACUAUUUCAUGUUUGAUGACCCUUUUCACUUGAGAAUGGACAUCUUUUCUCAAUUAUUGAUCUUUUUAAUUUCCAUUCUCGUAAUUUUAGACAUAUUUGUUUGGAAUACUCUCAUAGUUAACAGAAUUGGAAUUUUACUCUUCUUCCUAUGCUCUCUCAUGAUAUUCGGAGGAAAUGUCAUGAUUAUUGAAUACAUUUCAUAUUUUAGAUACAAGCGGUGGCUGAAAAGAUGUUGUUUCAUGUCAGCAGAUGACGACAAUUAUGAUGCAUUAGCUUAUGAAUGGUACGAACAUAUGAAAGAUUUAAAUUUCAGAGAACUUCAAGAGCAAUAUGCCAUUAAUUUGUUUGCAUUAGAAAAUUUGCUACUCUUUGAAGAAUUUGAAAAGGUUGAAAAGAAGAAAAACUUGUCACUCAAUGAUUUCAUGACGCUAAACAAUAUCAUUUUAAGUGUGAAUUUAUCAUCUGAUUCUCGAAACACAUUUAAUGAUCUUCUCACACACCUCACUCACAAUCCCAACGAAACCAUACCAUUCAACAGAUUAGAACCAAUCAAGCACGAACUUGUCUCUGAAAACAUAAUUCCUGAAAUUUACAUUCCUCUCAAACAAACCAGUCAUUUUGUGAAAUGGAAAGAAGCCACAUCACUCCAAAAAGAAAGCAACAUUAUUACUGAGGUUCCUAAAGAAAAAGAAUUGAUAGAACUUUAG